UGUUUAAGAUCAGUCCAAGAGCAAACAACUAUUAAAAUGUAUAUUGAUUUCGUUCACAUAAUCUUUGUGAGCGUAAUAUUUUCAAAAAUUAUUCACAUAUGUGCUAUUGGCCAGAUUUAUACAACGGAAACAGAUCACGAGUAUUAUAUAGAAUUUGAGAAUAGGUUUACUUGGUUCGAAAGUCAACAUGAAUGCUCAAAACGGGAUAUGAUUUUAGUAGAAAUUAAAACGAAAGAAAAAUCUUUGGAACUAAUUAAGCUGAUUGAUAAUGGUGAAGAAAAUAAUAAUGGUAAAUAUCUUUGGACUGGAGGCAUUCGUGAGAAACUUCCGGCAGAAAAUUUCGUUUGGAAUUCAACUGGUGAAAAGUUUACUUACACCAAUUGGUUUAGUGAUUUCCCCAACGAUAGAGAUCCAAAAUCUUGUCUUGAAAUUGUGGGAAUCUUUAAUUGGAAAUGGCGUAACUAUGAAUGUUUAUCACGAAAUGGUUUCGCAUGUGAAUAUAGCAACGUGAAAAAUAUACGACAAAUAUUACAAACUGAGAGAGAAAUUAAUCUUAAACUUCGGAAUGAACUACAAAAUCAAAAACAAGAAUACGAGGAUCAAUUACAAAAGCUUAAAGAACAAAACUUACAAGAGCAAGAUAAGCUAAAUGAAAAUUUACAAAUAGAACUUGUAAACCAAGAGAAUCUAAAACAGAAAUUAACGAGCCAAGAAGAGCAAAUGAAACAAUGGAUUGAUCAACAGAGAGAGUUAGAAGAACAACUUGAACUGGAAUUAAAAAAACAACAAACUUUAGAACAGGAAAUGGAAAUGCAAAGAAAACGGUUAGACGAAUUAAAGGAAUUAAGUGAAAAAUUUCAGAAAAGUGAAGAAGACAACUUGCAAAUACAGAAAGAUAAUAAAAGUAUGACACUUAAUUUAUAUUUCAAUAAUAUUUAUUAUAACAACUGACUUUUUUGUAAAGAAAAAUAAAAGGCUAAAGUAGAUCUUGUUUAAA